AUGGCUUUACCUUGGCCGUACGGGAUAUUCAGGGUGUAGAUUUCCCAGCCGUACUGAAUUCCCUGCCGGUGAAAGAAGAAAGUGAUAGCAGCAAGGACGGAAGUGAGGAUUAUGUAUCAAAUGAAGAUGACAAUAGCACCAACAACGAAGAUAAGGAUGAUGUUAGUAAUCAGAGGAUAGUCCAGAAUACGGACUAUGAUUUAGAACUAGAACACGAUAAACCUAUGUGGGAGAGCUACUUCAGACAGGUCUACGAGAGCAAGGGUUUUGAUAUUAAAGAUUAUCCUGGGCCGCCCCCGCUGCCUAACUUCUAUCCCCUUCCAAGCUACUUACGUAUCCGUAAAAAGUAUAAGAUGUUGAAGGGUUAUGCUGAAAGUGCACUUAAGAAAUACCAUGAUGAUACGGGCACCAACCAUGUAAUUGAGGGAAUUCUGAAUGUGAAGAGAGGUGGCUCUCGUGACUACAUUUACUAUCUUAUCUUUUUAGCCAAGACGGAUGAUGAAGAAAGAUACUAUUUUCAAGCUAUGGUGAUCCCAGAUGAAGAGGAUAAUUUGGACUUCCUGGUCGUCAGGAAAAGGGUGAAGAGAUAUUGUCGCAGAUGCUGUUGGAUGUAAAUUUCACUAUGUUAUUUGACUUCCUUGUUCAUAUUUUUGUUGGGCAUGUUAAAAUAGUAAUGGAGUGUAUCUGA